UCCUUUGUUUCAAAUGCCUUCAUAGGAUUUUUUUUUCAUAGGAUUGAAAUCCUCCAAAAUUCCUUCAUUUUUCCUACAAAUCAAAGGAGCUAUGUGUAACUUGAAAUACCACCGGAAUACCAGCAGAUUCAAACAAUCGAGCUUCAACUGUACUUCCUUAAAAACGUAGUGAUCCGAGUAUGCAGUGACCCAAUUGGAGACAACCUGGUUGGGAUUGGGUAAUUCUUCCCCGAUCCCAACUGGGUUAACCGGAUCGUUCGAUCGAGAUUGUUCGGGUAAGGAAUUAAUCAGGGUCAGGAUAGCAUUUUGACAACCUGGCCGCCGUCCGCCAAUCCCGCAUAUGCGCUGGCCCCAGCCCGACAUUCCCCACUGGAAGCAAACGCCUCGAUUUGCCUGGGAGGCUGGGACACGGGAGGCAAGGCCGUUAUUCCGGCGGAUCGCUCGUGCACCAGAUGCAUCUGGGACCCACAGGGAUACGCCGGCGAAUCUACACGGACUGGAGUACACAGGCCAUCCAAUGGAGCGCGAGCGGCGCAUGUGCAUCGUCGCAGCACAGUCGUGGCUUGAGGAUUUUUGGAAGUUCAAAAAACACUUCACCGAUCAGGCGAUGCGGCGAACAGCCGAAGGUUGCUGAACACUCCUCUCCCCCUUCCUCUCCACGCCUCAAGUCACGGCUAUAUAACUAGCAAGCCAAACGAACAUAGCCGUAGGCCCGUAGCAUCACAAAUUCACAAUUCACACACAAAGCACACAGCGCCGCACGCCAAUGCCUCCUACCAUGCUUGCAUCGGUGCCGACGAGGCCGCGCUCCCAUCCCUUCCGCCGGCGGCGAGGCGCGGCGGCGGCGGCUCCUCCUCUGCUCCCUGAUCAGAUCGCGGCGGCGGCGGCGGCGGCAGCCAAGCGACCCGCGGAGUCGUCCACCUCGGCCUCCUCCUGCUUCCACAGCGAGGUCAUCUCCGCCACCUCCACCACCUGCCCCACCUCCCUCGCCGCAGCUCAGCGCCCGGAGAAGCGGCCUCGGUACCAGGAUGUGGACGAGGAGCAGCCCGCCGCCUCCGAGUGCUCCGAGAUCAUCGGUGGCGCGAGGCCGCGCGCCGCCGAGGUCGAGGUCUCCGAGUCGUCGUGCCUCGCCUCCGUCCUCGAGUCCUACCUCGCCUGCCCCGAGCAGCUCGCCAACGACGCCGAGACGACCGCCUACUCCUCAGCCCGCGAGGACCUCACGCUGUCGGAGACCGAGGAGGAGGAGGAGGAGGAGGAGGUGCGCAGUGGUCCCUGCAUCUGCACCGAUUGCUCGUUUAGCCCCCUUCAUGAGUCGUCCUCGUCGUCCGACGACGACAACGCCGUGCCCUCCCCCACCUUCUCCCUGUUCCUCGCCUUGGCGGAGCAGUUCGUCCCCUUCACGCAUCCCAAAACGCCCACCGCCACGGAUGUCGCUCUACAAGCGGGAGAGGGGAAGAGAUUUGAGGACUUGGACAAUGAGGUGAGCUACGAGCGGUUCCGGCGGCGCGAGCGGCGAGGGGUGGUAGCCCGCGACUACAUUGAGGUGUACUCCUCCAUGCUCGGCAGCUACGGCCGCGCCGUCGUGGAGCAGCGCGUUGUCAUGGUGAACUGGAUCAUGGAGCAUUCACAAGCGAUGAAGCUGCAGCCAGAGACCGUGUUCAUGGGGAUAGGGCUGAUGGACCGCUUCUUGACACGUGGAUAUGUAAAGGGCUCUAGGAACCUGCAGUUGCUGGGAAUCGCCUGCACCACCUUGGCAACCCGCAUUGAAGAGAAUCAACCCUAUAAUUGCAUCCUUCAAAAAGCUUUCAAAGUAGGGAUCAAUACUUACAGCCGAAGUGAGGUCGUCGCCAUGGAGUGGCUGGUUCAGGAGGUCCUUGACUUCCAGUGCUUUGUCACAACAACCCAUCAUUUCCUCUGGUUCUAUCUGAAGGCUGCGAAUGCAGAUGACAGAGUCGAGGACCUGGCGAAGUACUUGGCCUUGCUCUCACUUCUGGACCACAAACAUCUCUCCUUCUGGCCCUCCACUGUGGCAGCCGCAGUGGUAGCCCUUGCUUGCCUUGCCACAAACAAUGAGUCAUCAUGCCAUUUGGUUAUGGAGACUCACAUGAGAACGAAGAAUGAUGAUCUGCCUGAAUGCCUAAUGAGUCUCGAAUGGUUGACCAAUUAUGCUUCCUGAUUUGAACAAACCCAGGUGAUAUGCCGACCCAAUCUUCUGCCCAUUCCCAGAAACACAGUGUAGUACGUACAGAGUCGCUUAGGAGGAGGUGUAUAUAGUACACGUGCACUGUAGCUAAUUCUUCGUGCAUAGCAUUAGUUUGACAGCAGGGUAGAAAAGAGGGCAAAGAAGCCGGCUAAACGUGGUUGUGAUGGCACCAGACUUAUAGGGAGCAUCGCAACCACGAAAUUUUGCUACUACUGCCGGCUUCAGUGACUACGACUAACCUCCUGUUGUAAGCUGUCUUAAAAUCAGCCUUCGUUGUGUUAAGGGCAACCAAAGGUUGAGACUUUGUUGUUCUAAUCAAACAUCCUGUUUACAAAUUGCAACUGGUGCCAGAAUGAAAUUUGUUCUCCGGGUGGUAUUGCACUGCACGAGGUUCGAUUCUGUGACCCUGAAAGACGCAUACUCAGAUACUCUGAUGCUCAGGUUUCAGAUUCUGGGAUGAAUAAAAUGCUACUAGUAGUAUCAUCUUCUUCUGGAUCUGCAAACAGAUGUUCAGUUAGCUGAAGAUCCAGAGUACCACCUCGUUUGCUCAGGUACAUGUCAUCAAAACAUCUACUACUAAUCUCUAGUUUUAUUCUCUAGACUUCUCUAUUCCAAUCUAUCUCCAGGAUGCAACAGGAAGGGUCUGCAUCCAGGUGGGCUACCUGAAGUGGACGAAGCGGUCAUCUUCGUGCCGCUGCUCGAGUGGCCUAGUGGGGACCCCGGCUGCGCCCGAUGCCUCGGCCACUUUAAAAACUCGGAUCGCGAGAGUUCCUGCACGCCAUAAAAAUGAGGAAAACGAGGUGGGGAGGGCGUGGCUUCUUUUCUCUAUGAUGAAGUGCGUGGCAUUUGUUGAGCCAUCCUAAUCAGAGUGUUGUUCAUGCAUGUGCCCCGAAUGUUGGGGGCGUCUGCAGAAAGAAGGGAGGGCGUUCGCGUACACCCCCCUUUCAGCCCCACUUGCGCCCGCGCUCUCGUUGAGCCGUCUGCCUUUUGGGGUUCUAGAGUGAAUAGGGUCGGCACGUUAGCGGCGAGCCGGCGACGGGUAAUGUGGUGUGCCAACAACUUUCAGCUGCUGCUGAAGUGAAGAGCAGGUGGCGAUCAACCAGUCCCGGCACUGAACUACUGAACCUGAAGUGGUUACUCCAUUCAUCGACAGAGAUAUUUAAUUAUUUGUCACUUUUAGAUGUAAUAUUUUACCACAUAAACCUACAAAUCAUAAACAUAUAAGUGACAAAUUAUUUAACGCCACAUCGAAAAAUGGUAAAUGCUUA